AUGAGUCAAAAGGAAGGCUCCGGUGAGAUUCAAAUCUCUGCUUCUGGUGCUCGUAUUAUGAAGGUUAAGCAAGAAGCCGGCGAGAAGAUGAAGAAGGAUGCCAAGAAGAAGAAGGCUAAAGAUUCAAUUGGAGCGAGAGUCUCCAAGCGAAUGAAGAAGAAAGAUGGCAAGAGCGCCUCCUCUGGACCUCACUCUCCUUCGCUGUUGAAGAGUCAGGACGUUGUUAACCUCGUCGUCCAAGCUCACGGCAAGAAGGAUUUAGCCAGAGCUUGUACUGAUGAUGAAACCCCCGAAACCGUUCCGGAGGGUUGGUUCUGUAUUCACGAGAAAUACAUCUCCAAGUGUCAUCUUAGGUUCCCUCUUCCAACCCUCUUGCUAGAUCUCCUAGAUCACUAUCAACUGGCCCUUUCCCAACUUUGCCCCUCGGUUAUCCGAGUGGUAAACGGAUUCAUCACCAGGGCUAAGGAAGAAGGAGUUAUCGUAGGGUUGACCGAGCUGAUGAGUCUUUUCUUGAUAAAGGAGAGCUCCACCAAGGAUGGUGGAAGCGGGACCUAUUAUCUCCCUGUCGUUCAGGAGAUUAAGGACCCUGUUAAGUUAUCCGGUAAACUCACCAGAGCUCUCUGUAGGAAGCUGCAACACAGCCCUAAUACCUGGGGAGCUUACACUACCACGAGAAUUGGAUCAGCUAGGUUCCCUGAUCGAUACAAGGCUUCCUUUCCUGAUUCAGUCACGGUUGCUGGUUUAGAAGUUUCUGAAGGUGAAUCGGUAUUCUCAGUCUCAUCGGGAGCCAGUACCUCAGAAAGGACUCAGUCACACAAGAUGCCUAUCCAGCCCUCGUUCCGUUCCAGGGGUAGAUCAACCAAAGCUUCCAGCUCCUCUCGAGGAAGCGAAAAGAAUCAAGGAGGAUCCUUCCUCAGCACUGUGAAGGACGCCCUUGAUGAUGGAGGCUCUGCUCCUGUUAAAGAUGCCAGUCGCUCCGAGCCCAGGGUUCAGGAAGUUGUCCCUCACUCCGAGGUCCCGGAGACGGAAGCUGAUCCUCAAAUGGUGAAGGAUACUCACGAGUUUGAGCCUCCGAGGAGCAAGAGAGGAGGAACCGUCGGCUGGAACUUCGCUCACUCGAAGCCUGGAUCAGUCUUGGAUGACUCGUGGGGUUUGGCUACGCUGAUGAGGCACAUGAAGAGAACCGGGUGCGCCCUCCCCUCGAUCGCCAAUCUCACGAAUAAAGAGGAGUACGUUGAGAUUGCCCAUUACAUGGGUCAUCUGGCUGGAGCUGUUAACAGAGCUCAAUUGAAAUUCGAGGAUGCUAUGCACAAUGCCCCCAAUGCUGAAGAGUUAGCUCAGGUUACUGAGCUAGUUAAAGCUACCAAGACGGAGCUUGACCAGGCUCGGGUUCAGGUCUCUGAACUUCAAGCUGAGGUCAAGAGACUUGGCUCCAAGGCCGACCUUCAGCAAGGGAAGAUUGAGAGUCAAGCGAUGGAUAUCCAGGUGAAGGGUAGGAAGAUCGCUGAGUUGGAGUCUGCUCGGAAGAUAGCUGAGUACCAGGUCAAGGAGCUGAUUACUUCGUCUCAAGACAACCAGAGGAACAAGGAAGCUGAGGAGAAGUUCUCCAAGAAGAAGGAUGAAGUCGAUCUUCUGAUUUACGCUCAAGAGCUUCAGGCUAAUACCGAGCUCCUGAAGGAUAUGCUGAACAAUGAGAUCAAGAGUGCUGAAGAUGAGUACAAUCGCUUGGUGGCUAUGAUGCCGGAGGCGGCUGCUGUGUACGAAAAGGCGCAAGCUUGGUGGGUUCUUACUCAGCCCCAGUUGAAGCCACCCCGGGAGAUGACGACAAGGAAAUGGAGGAAGAAGUUCCUGACAAGGAAGAUGAACCAGUCGAUAAGGGAGCUGAGAAGAGCUCAGGUCUCGAGGACUUUGAUUGUAUCUGAUUCUGAGGCUCUUAAGAGGAAUUCCUGA